AUGGCUUCGUCGGCGGCGGGCGAAGCGGAGGAGACCACCCGGCUGCGCAAACCGCGCUUCUCGUUCGAGGAGAACCAGAUCCUGAUCCGUGAGGUGCGCGCCCACUACCCGCAGCUCUACGGCGCGCAGAGCCGUCGGGUGAGCGUGGCGGAGCGGCGGCGCGUAUGGGAUGGCAUCGCCGCCAAGAUCAACGGUAUCACCAGCUGGAAGCGCACGGGCCAGGAGGUGCAGAAGCGCUGGAACGACUUCAAGCGCCGCACCAAGGAGAAGUUGGCUCGCGUGCCGCACUCCACGCAGGGCGCGGGGCCUGCCGCCGAGGACGCCUUCUCUGCGGAGGAGGAGACCAUUUUUGCUAUCUUGGGGCCUGGGGUGUCUGCAUCGGGGGCUGGGGCCGGAGCCGGGGCCGAGCAGCCCCCCGUGGCCGCCUCCUCACAGCCGCCGGCCUCAGGCAGCUUGACCCAACGCUAUGUGUUACCUGAGGACCGCAGGGAGGAUCGCAGAGAGGAUCGACAGACAAAUACGCCAGCCCACAGCAAGGGGGGCUGCGGUAGCCCGGAGCCCUGGGCCCGGCCCUCCUGCUAUUCCCAGGACGGGGGCUGCCUGCGGCCCAAGGAGCGUGAGUCUUCGCCCCCUCCAGCCCAGCAGCAGGUCCAGCUACCCCGCCUGGCCUUAUCUCCACCGCCCCCAGCCCCGCCCCCGCCCCCGCCGCCCCCGCCCCGCGUGGCACCCUCGCCCCCUAGCCCACCGCCCCUUCCACCGCCUCCAGCCACGCCCUCGGCCCCAGACCCCUCCUUGGACUUCCUGCGGGCUCAGCAGGAGACUGCCAACGCCAUCCGAGAGCUGGCUGGCACCCUGCGGCAGGGACUGGCCAAACUGAGCGAGGCCCUUAGCGCCCUGCUGCCUCUUCUGCCGGGAGCCCCAGCCGACCCGCUGCCCCCACCUCUGCCCCCACCGCCGCCUCUGCCCCCCAGACCUGUCCUGCCCCCACCCACCCCCAAGAUGGAGAUCUCCCCAGAGCCUGUGUCCGUGGUGGCUGCGGUCGUGGACGGGGCCGUGAUGGCAGCCAGGGGCGUGAUCAUCGCCCCUAGGAGCGAGGAGGGAGCCCCCCGGCUUCCCCCAGCCCCACUCCCACCCCAUGACUCACCCCCACAUAAGAGGAGAAAAGGUUUUCCCACACGGAAGAGGCGGGGGCGAUGGAAAUCUCCGUGAAAUCCGCUGUUGGGUCCGAGCUUGUCUACUGGCCUUCUGCCUGCACCCCCCAGCCCCCAGCUUGGCGCAGUCGAGGGGGCCGUGCCUCUUCACCAUCCGAGCCGCACGCGGCUCCCCGCUCCAGGGGCGUCGUGCGCACCCCACUCCCUGUACUAGUUAGUGCCUGAUUCUCUGGGGGGCGCCUCGUGGGUGGGCUCCCUGAGUCCCUUUCUCCGGUACAGUGCUGUCUGCCUGGCUGCCGACCUUAACCUUGACUUCUAAGCCAUCAAUUUUAUGUUAUUUAUUACUGCCCUUUGUUGUGGAGAGGAAGAACUUGGCGGGUCUGCACAUACCCCCGCCUCUCACAACUCCUGUUCUUGACUUGAAGAGAAUUGACCCGUGGGGGCCUCCCCACCUCCCCAGCCUAGACCUUGGAGGUGGUUGGGGUUUGCAGGACAAAUCAGAGUAUGGAUGACAGAAAGGACACCCUAGGGGGAGAGGGGAGCAGAGUGCCGAUGGGGGGGUAUAGUUGGGCCCUUUGCCCCCCCCACUGCAGUCUCUGACGUCCAGAGCUCAACCCCCUCUCUUUUCCCCACUGAUAACAAGAAAUCAAUAAACUUAUUUUUAAUACAAUAAA